AACUUUAUUGUUGUAUGUGUGUGGUGCAAAAACAAACUAGAUGAACAAACAAUGGUAGUAGUAGUAACUUCAUCUCUUCCAUUACUCCCAAUUCUCAAACCACAUCAUGCCAAUAUCAAAUUAUACCCAUUUCACCAAUCCUCUUUCUUAACAAUUCUUUCACCACCAUUAAAAGUACACGCUCCUCCACGCGCCAUCAUAAACCACGCUAUUAAAGAUGACAUUUUUAUGCUUUCAGAAGCAAACCCACCUGAGAUUUCUGAUCAGAUUGUCUCUGCUGAUAACGGAGAUGGUGUAUCUAUAGUUAUUUCAGUUCUUCUUUCUGUUGCUUUCGUUGGCUUAUCUGUUCUCACUAUUGGGGUUAUCUACAUAGCUGUAACAGAUUACUUGCAGAAAAGAGAGAAAGAGAAGUUUGAGAAAGAAGAAGCAGAGAAAGCAAAGAAAGGUGGCAAGAAAAAGAGAGUAAGAGCAAGAGCUGGGCCGAAAGGAUUUGGACAGAAGAUUGACAAUGAUGAUGACGACUAGUAGAAUGUUGAAAUUUUCGACUUAAAAUUGUACGAGUUCUUACAUACUACAAUUUUUGUUAGUCAUAAUUCGCAUAAAAAAUUGGUAAAACACCAAAUGUAUUUAUCUGGCUUCCAGGUCUUUUUGUA